GUUUUCGUUUGGUGAUUGGCUGAUUUCACCACCGCUGUGAUGGAUUACCGGACGCCUUUAGUUCUGUUGGUUGUCGGCGCUUGCCUGUGUGGCUUGACCGAUGGGUUUGGGCGAGGAGCGCCAGCCAGUACUUGCUUCACCCGCUACCCCAAGCAUGGCGAGGCGGCACAGACAGUGGACAGUCCUUUCGUGGUACAGUUGUCACCUGACGUAUACACACCUGGACAAACGGUUAAUGUCGUGAUAUCUCAGGCCAGUGCCAACCCCACCCGGCAGUUUGUAGGCUUUAUGAUCGGCGCCUUCCGAGCCAGCGAUCAGCCAGGAGUCACGGAAGAGGUCAUCGGAGAGUUCACCACUGUUCCUGAUGACAAGGUCCAAGUGUUCUCCUGCUUCCCAGGUUACAAGAAUUUUGCAACUCACAAGAACACAGACCAGGUCCCAAGAGUGACCUUAACCUGGACAGCCCCCGACGUCAAUGUUGGAAAUCUCACUCUCAGAGCAACCAUUGUGGAGAACUUCAAGACGUUCUGGACUGGCCUGGAGUUCCCUCUCCCUGUGUCGGGAGCUGUCAGUGAGCCUGUAGAAACACCAGAGUAUCAGGUUGUUCCUGUAAGGUCUAUCGUGUCCGACGUGAAGUUCCAAGGCUGUGGUACCACAAAGGGCUGUCUCUUCUACCCUGACAACUGCAACGGGCCCGACUGUGACGCGGCCAUCAGUUUUGAGUACAGAGAGAGCAGCGAUGACUUUGUGGUAGAGAUGGUUUCUAACAAGGCGGAGGACUACAUCUCUGUGGCUUUCUCUCAGGAUGACAAAAUGGGGGACGAUGAGACGGUGUCCUGCGUCAGUCAGGGAGGGGAGAUGAGCGUGCAGCAUGGCUGGAAUCCCAAGCGCUACAACGAACUGUUGCUGAACCGCUAUAUCACAGAGACAGAGAUCAGCCAAUCAGACGGCAGGCUACAGUGUCGCUUUGUGCUUCCUCGUGUGACUUACGUGUACCAGAUUGAUCAGGCAGCGGUGCCCUUGACCUACACCAACCGGACGUACGACCGGAACCUGAACUGGCACCUCCAUUUAGCCUGGGGCAGGGCUUACCCUGGGUCCAACGUUCUGUCUCGCCACAAUGACGCCCCAGUCGUGACGGAGAAGAGGGUCAACCUGAAGGUCGCAGAGAUCUACCAGGGCCUCACUGUCCCAGUACUGGUGCAGGCUCAUGCGGCUGUCAUGCUGGUCGCCUGGAUCUUCCUGACUGGCCUGGUCACAGUUCUUUCCAGACACUACAAGGACUGGCUAUCAGAGAAGAGAGUGGGAGGCACCAAAGUUUGGUUCCAGCUCCACCGAGGAGUAGCCAUCCUUGUUUUCCUUUUGACUGUUAUUGGAAUCAUCCUCGUCUUUGCUCACUUCGGGCCAGGAAUUCAGGAGGCUGCAGAUCCUCACGCAUACGUAGGCCUCACGGUGACUGCACUGGUCAGUCUACAGGUCAUUGGAGGUGCUCUACGUCCAGGCUUCGACAACUCACUUCGGCCGGUCUUUAACUGGGCCCACUGGUUUUUGGGCCAGGCUUCUCACAUUUUGGCCGGCAUCACGAUGUUUCUGGCGUUUGAUAUCAGCUACCUGAGGUCUGAGGUUCGAGAAUUUGGCUUUGCUGUUCUGGGUGUGUGGGUGGCCGUUCAGCUGGCUUGGCACGUGGGAUUUGAGAUCCUGAAGUGUAGGCAAAAAG